AUGAGCCCCGCGAUUAAGCUCGAAGGAGACGAAAUUCUCGACGAUUUCCCAAUCUUCCCUGGCUUCUUUGACCAUGAACAAGAUCAAGAUGUUCAAGAAGAAUUCUCUCUGGGAGCCGACUCAAUGUCGCUGAAGGGCCAAGUGUGGCCAGGAAUGGGUAAAAUGGAUCUUGCCGACGACGAGAUGAGGCGGACUCGGAACCAAAAGAAGCCCAAGUCCGUAAUCGACAGAAUGAAGAGGGCUUCGGAGCGUAUCGAACCUACCCAAGUCAUCAUGACAUCUGAACUAGAAGUUGAAAGGAUGAAGGACGUGUAUGAUGAUGCUUCCUCUCCUGCUCCUGGCCAGGAAGAAUCAACACCACCACGAAAAGCUCCAAAAACGAAGCGCAAGAAGGCCACACCUCUAGCUGAAAUCUCGGCCAACGCUCCCAAGCAACGCCGUGGUACUGCUCGUGGUCCAAAACCUGGUACGGGAAAGAAGACAAACACGACAAAAAAACAAAGUCGCGAGAAAGAAUCCAAGACAUAUCCUCCACCAGAAAAACCGCAAGAUAUCCACGAUGUUUUCCGUGAUGAAAAGGACCGGCCAGGUGGAUUCGACCUUCGCACGAAGCAUGGGGCUCGAAGCAUUGACAACUUUCUUCAUUCAAAUCUUGUUUCUCCCACGCCACAUCCAAGAGAUCUAGCACCGCGACAACUUCUAGGCCGAGAAACAUCUAACACACUUCGACCUGAAUCAUAUGCUCCGGGCACUUUCAGUCACGUAGAAGCUUCGUAUGCUUUGAAAGACGCUACCAUCUACAAUGCUUCGUCACGCCUUCCGUUCGUCCCUCCAAAUUUCGACCAGUAUCGAGGACUUGGCCCAGACCAGUUUCAAUUGGCCGCAGACUAUGGAUUCCAGCUGAAACAUGAAGACUACACAGGAUCAAUCACAGGAGAUGUAACACAAGGAACAAACAGCAGUCCUUUCAUGGGAGUGCCUGGAACCAACCCUCUUUUUUCUCAUGACAGGCCAUUCUUGAAUCCUUACAGCCAAGCUACACCAAAUGCAACAUUCUCCCCAUUGUCAUUCACUUCUAUCAACCGACAGCAAGACCACUUACACAAUGACGGAGGAAUAAAAACACCACAGGCACAAAUUUGUGAGCCAAAUGAGAACAAUGGUGGCCUUGGAGAGGAGCAAGAGCUAAGCAUGAGUGCACCCUGGAAUCUGAAUGGUACAGAAAAUGAUAUGGACUUCUCCCACGGCCUUACAGUGGACGACUCACAAAUGUGA